AUGGAUAAUCAACAGGAUGAUAUCCGUGCUUUACUAAAGGAUUCUGGUGAAUCGACCUUGGAGCGGGCCAUUGCCAAAGCCAAAGAAGUUGUUGAUAGGUUAGAGAAUAUCACCCUCAACAUUGCUGUGACAGGGGAGACUGGGGCAGGAAAGUCCUCCUUCGUUAACGCCAUCAGAGGUCUUCAAGAACCUGAUGAAGGAGCUGCACCCACUGGAGUCACAGAAACCACCAUGGAGCCCACCAUGUACCCCCACCCAAACAUGCCCAAUGUGAAGAUCUGGGACCUGCCAGGCAUAGGGAGCCCAACAUUCAAAGCACAAACUUACAUGAACGAUGUCAAUUACCAAAACUAUGACUUCUUUAUCAUAGUAAGUGCAUCCAGAUUCAAGGAGGAUGACAUGAUGCUGGCAAACGAAAUCAAGAAAGAGAAGAAGAAUUUCUACUUUGUUCGCACAAAGACUGACUUUGAUGUAGCAAAUGAAAAGAGAAAGGGAGUAACAGAGGAGGAAACACUUCAGAAAAUACGGAAGGACUGUGUGGACAAUCUCAGAACACUGGGAUUCCCUCCUGUCUUCCUCAUUACAUCCCAUAACCUGGAGAAGUUUGACUUCCAGACCCUUGUGAAGACUCUGGAGAGAGACCUUCCAGAAUACAAGAGGGAUGCUCUGGUUAUGAGUUUGCCUGUAAAUUCCAAGGAGACUCUUGAAACAAAAUGCAUAACUUUCAUGGGAUUAAUAUGGGUUGUGGCCUUGAUAUCAUAUUUUAUACCAUCGCUAUUCACUGAACAUGAUGUUGUAGUGUAUUUCUUAACCAAAUGGUACUAUUCAUUUGGUCUAGAUGAUGAAAAAGUUCAAAAGUUAUCAGACAGAGUAAACAAGCCAAUACUUAGAAAGGUUAAAGAGUCAGCACUUGUCAGGGUGAUUGCUGAAGAAUCAUUGCCUACAACUGAAGGGGUAGCAAAACCUGGUGUAGCAGGUGUCAUGGAGGCACUAUGCAGCCUUGUGCCUGCUGCUGCCAACACAGCAUCAUAUGGAGUAUUGGAAAACAAAGCAGUUUUGCUCCAAGAAGGGUUGAAGGAACUGUAUAGUGUAGCCAAAAUGGUGAUUGAAAUGGCAGAACUAAAGUAG